GGCGGCAUACGGAGUUGGUUUGUUUUUUGUACUGUUAGUAUCCGUUUUGAUGGGAUGACUGGAUGUAUUUCUGUUGAGAUAAGAAUUUUACAUUCCUAAUUAUGUUCUACGCACAUUUUGUACUCAGCAAAAAGGGCCCUUUGGCCCGAAUUUGGCUAGCUGCCCAUUGGGAUAAAAAGCUUACUAGAGCACAUGUUUUUGAGACAAAUAUCAGUUCUAGCGUCGAAGCAAUUUUAGAGCCAAAGUUAAAAAUGGCAUUAAGAACAUCUGGACACUUAUUGUUGGGUGUAGUCAGAAUCUACUCUCGUAAAGCUAAAUAUCUACUGGCCGAUUGCAACGAAGCAUUUGUCAAAAUUAAAAUGGCAUUUCGGCCAGGUGUUGUUGACCUACCAGAUGAAGCAAACCGUGAAGCUGCUAUUGCAGCUAUCACUUUACCAGAGAAUAUUCAUGAUUUCGAAGCAACUAUAGCUGAUCUCAAUGAGAUUAAUAUGAAUACUAUAGCCAUAAAUCAAAGUCGCCCAGAAGACAUUACUAUGCGUGAAGAUUUCGGCGAGAUUAAUUUAGGCCGACAAGAUGAUGAUUUUGGCGAUUCAGCAUUUGACGAAGUAUCAAGUCGUGAAAUUAUUCGUGAUGGUGAUAAAACAUUUGGCGAUAGUAUUUAUCGUGGAAGUGAUCAUUUGUCAAUGCAUCACGAUGCUGAUUUCACGUUAAAUCCUGAUCAAGAUUUGGAUGCUACUUUAAUAGAUGUGAAACGGGGUGGGAGAUUAUCUGAUGCAGAAAAGCCACUUAAAUCUAUUGAUUCAAUUACACAUCAUGAUGAUAUUGGGAUUGGUGAUCAUGAAUUUGACGAUGACUUUCUGGCUGAACCAGAUGAUGAUGAUGAGAAUUUCGGUGGUCGAAUUGUUCAUUCCUUAUUUACUGAUGGUAUAUUUGAAGAUCCAUCUGCACAAAAACAAUUGGAAAAUUUAACUUCUGAAAUUGAAUCUCACAUGGUCACAGGACGUUUCGAUUUACAUCAUGAUGAUAUUACAACUACACCGGUUCCAACAUCGAAUAAUGAAGAUCUGUUAUCAAAUGAUAUUGCUGUCAAUAAACCAUUAGAUGCAUUUGCUACAGUGUCAACAUCAGUAGACGAAUUAAUGACAACAGUGGCUACAGCAACAACAGUGAUGAAUAUCACUUCAGAGACAGGUGGAUUUGUUGCUCCAACUAGUUUACCAACUGAUACAACAACAACAACAACAUCUAGACUUGGACUAGGAGUUUCUGCAAUGACAGAGAGUACAACUUUAAUUAGUAAUGAAUCAGAGGCAUUUGCUUUACCACCUAUUGAUACAACAUGUGCUACAACAGGUGUUGAACCAAAACGAGCCACAAAACGUAAACGUCGACUUAUUGUUGAUGAACAAAAAUCAAUUCCAAGUGAAGUAAUGAAAUCUCAAAUGGAAAAUACAUCGGAUAUUACAACUCAAUUAGAUUUAGCACCACCAACUAAAAAAUUAAUGCAUUGGAAAGAGACUGGUAGUGUAGAUAAAUUAUUUGUUCUACCUGGUCGUGCAAUUCCAUCACGCGUGCUACAACGUUUAUUUAUGCGUAAUUUAUAUACUCAAACUGUACCAGAUGAUGUUAUCAGUACAGGGGAAUCGCUUCAAACAUCGAAUUUAUUAUCUGGUCUAUCGUUUAAUUCAACUGCUCAACAACAACAACAACAGCAACAACAAUCCUUAUCUUCUGAUCAAUCAAAUAUAUUGAUCAAUUCAGAGACUUUACCAUCAAACACCUCGUUCGAUCAUACUAUUCAACAACAAUCUGCUGAUGUGUCCAUUUCUGAAUUUGAUGAAAUAACAAAAAGUACAAUACAGUUGCCUCAAAAAUUGGGUCCUAUCUCAGAAAUUCCAGAAGAUGAAUCAGCUGCACUUAUUGCUUCACAUGGUGAGCAGUCGAAAGCAACACCUGCAACAUCUCAUGGUGCCGAUAAUAAUCAAGAUGAUCUUGAUGAUGAACCAAAUAUGCAUGAUGAUUUAACAUUCAUGGUGGAACCGGAAACACCUUAUCUUGCACCUCCAAGUAUUUUAUCCGAAGCUCCACCGAGUGUAAUGCAAGUUGAUAUGUUAGCAUUAGAACGUGAAUUAGCUGCAGCUGAUCAUGAAAUUGACAAUGAAUUAGCGAAUGUCUUUAAAGGUGAUGAUAAAACAUGCGGUUUAUUAACUGGUAGUGGUUUUCCUGAAUCGGAAGCUCCUCUUUCAAUUGAAGGUUUACCAUUUGAAACAGUUGAAGAACGACGUUUAGAGAAACGUUCCAAAGUGUUAUUACGUAUGUUACGUGUACAUCAACAACAACAUGGUUGGGAUGAACCAUUAACAUUACAAAGUUUAUGCAAUAAUAAUACAAAGAAACAAGCUGCUUCCAAAUUCUACACAGUUCUACUAUUACGUAAACAAGGCGCUGUGGAUUUGGCACAAGAAGCUGCCUAUUCAGAUAUUUAUAUAUCCCGUGGACCAAACUUUUUCCGUUUGGUAGAAACAUAGGUUGUUUUGAUUGACAUUUUUUUAAUGACUAACCUUUACAUUUCUCUCUGUCUCAUAUACUCACUCACACACACACACACUGUUUUACUCCAAUCAGUCAAUCAAAACUUAACAUUCGCUUCUUGAUAUUUUAUUUUCAUUUACUAUAUAAGUGUAUCUUUGUCGAUUUAUAUGUAUAUGUACAUCUUUGUCGGUACUUAAAUUAUUGCAUAUUUUUCAAUGUUUUCAAUAAACAAGAAUCACUAUUUGUUUGCUUUUUCAAAUUGAUCAUUUUUCUAAUCAGUGUAUAAAUACUUUACUUUAUCAUUAUUGAUGCAAUUCUUAUUCUUCUUCUUCUUCUUCUUCUUAUUAUUAUUAUGUAUUUAAUUUAUUCAUUAAGAUAUAGUGUAAACGUUCUAUUUUUUUUACUACAAAUACAUAAUCUUUUAAAAUGCAUCACAAAUGUCAG